GAGACCCGCUCAUUGCAGUCCAGAGGGGCCUCAAGCUCGCGCAGCCCUUUUCGCUACCCGAUCUGCCCAAGAGGAAGGCGGACCCCAACAGCAAGCGUAGCAGGCAGAAGGCUAAGAAGCAGGUGGAGGAUCUCGAGCGCGGGGAGCAGAGCGCAGGGGAUGGUGCGGCCCCGACUCCAGAAGGGGAAGCGCAUCCGAAAGAGGCCUCCAAGCGCAAGCCAGUUCGUUGCGCAGGGCUGCCCAAGGAGUGUAGGGUCAGAGACGAAAUGGAGGACUUGUUCGGCGAGUACGAGUCGAGCAUAGAGGACGACGAGAUCAGCGAGAACUCCGAGGGCGAGGAGGUGAAGGCUAAGCCUCGCUCGGCGGAGGCGUUCGACUUAAAGGUUGCCGAUCGGGACAGCCUGUGGCAGAUCAAGAUGAGUCAGGCCGUUUCGGAGGACCGCGCUGCUUGGAGGCGUCCUCCUGACUACGUCAAGCAGUCUGCAGCAUACCAGUUCGACGAGGGGGCCGCGAAGGAGCUGGGUGCACAGUACGGAGCCUGGAUACACGCGUGCAAGCAGUACUACGUCACGACGCUGCAGGUGCACCCCGACAAGAGGAGGAAUUACUGCGGCAGCGGACAGCGACCAGUCAAUCAGCUGCAGCGGCGUGAGAGGGGCACGUCGCGCGCCACCAGGCUGCUGGGCGAGUGCAAGGCCCUGGGCGGCGCGAUCCCGACUGGUGGCACCAUAAAGACGACGGCGAAGCAGAAGCGCAGAUGGAGGGGGACCCUCCACAACAUCGGCGACCUUCGCAUGGACCAGCUUGGGCCCAUGGGCGUCGCUGCGCUGGCUACGGCGAAGAAGGGCAAGCGCGCGGAGGUGAGCGACGUGCUGCUUGCGUACACCAACUGGGUCCAGGAGCAGGAGGCGGCCGGCAGCGGCAAGCCCCACCGCAAGACAAGGGACCAGCCGAGGUGCGACAACGAGGUCAGGGACGGAGGAGUCACGGCCUCGAACAUGAUCUAG